GUGACAUGGUACCUAAGACCAUUGCAGGAAAGAUUUUUGGUUCAAUCUGUUCACUAAGUGGUGUUUUGGUCAUCGCUUUACCUGUCCCUGUAAUUGUAUCGAAUUUCAGUCGGAUCUACCAUCAGAAUCAGCGAGCAGAUAAGCGCAGGGCACAAAAGAAAGCCAGACUUGCCAGAAUUCGAGUUGCAAAGAGUGGGAGUGCUAAUGCGUAUAUGCAGAGCAAACGGAAUGGCUUAUUCUCUGAAUCAGUAGAGCAGUCCUCAAAUGAUGAAGAAAAAGGUCUUGUUAGCAAGUCCGGCUCUUACUUUGAGAAACAGCAUCAUCACCUCCUCCACUGUCUAGAGAAAACAACGGGGUUAUCCUAUGUUGUGGAUGAUCCCUUCUUAUCAGUAGGCUCUCCAACACCUGUUAAGAAUCAUGACUUUGUAGAUGAGCAGGCGUAUGAAGAGGGGUGCAUGGAAGUUCUAACAGUGAACCGACCAGUCGCUCGCAGUCCUUCGCUUUCCUCCCAACAUGGACUGACCAGUUCUUGUUGCUCACGGAGAAACAAAAAAAAUUUCCGGAUCCCUAACUCCACUAUGAUCCGCAGUCAUCAAGGAAGCGUACAGGAGCUAAGCACUAUACAAAUACGAUGUUUGGAGAGACCACCACUGUCAAACAGCAGAUCCAGUUUAAAUGCCAAAAUGGAGGAGACUGUAAAAUUAAACUGUGAGCAGUCAUACGUGACCACUGCGAUAAUAAGCAUACCGACACCACCUGGGACAACACCUGAGGGAAGUGACAGGCCAGAGUCAUCAGAGUUCUCCAUAGGCAACAUUGUAAGGGUGUCUGCAUUAUAAAUGACUUUAAUAAGCAAAGUGUUCGAUAAUGCAAUGUGGGGACAGUACCAGUACUGCCCUGGUUCUGGGUUAAUAUGCAAAGAAAUCCGGAUGAAAACAAGGAAAGGAUAGGAAUACAUCACAGAAAUUAGUGAUGGUAGUAUGUGGUAGAAACCAUAUUCUGUGAUUCAAGUAGUUUGGAAAAGAAUAUAAAAAACAGCAGGUAUUUCUCCAUGCAAAUUCCAAACAGAACAGAACAUUGCAGAGUACUUCCACUAAGAAACUAAGUAACUAUUUGAGCACAAUGAAAUUUGACUGAUGCUUCUUACUCUGAGAAGACUUUUUUUUUAGAUUUUCAGCUUAUGGUCUAAAUGAAAGAGGACCAGUUUUCAUAAUGUUGGGGGGAUGUUGCUUCAAAGUGCUUGCAGUGGACAGAAAAAGAGAUGUACUAAUUCUUAAUGAGUAAUGAUUGCAUCCAUUUAAAAUAAAAAAUGCAAUGUAUAUACAAAUUUGUAUAGCUGAACCAUUAAUUAGCAUUGUACUGCAUGCCAAAACCUUUGGAGUGGUUGAAUUUCAGUUCAGUUUCUUUCACAGAAGGGGAAGGGGAGAAGAUUCUGACUGUUCCCCAGAGAUGGGGCAAAUGAUCCUUUCUUUUGACAGACACUAUUAGUCCUUGAUACAAUGAUUAGAAGAUGCUAGCAGCAUAGUUCAGUAGUGCUGGCCUUCUUAAACAUCAGGUACCAUUAUGACUGCAGUAAGAAUGUGCAUAUAAGGAGCUUUUUUAAUGCAUAACAAAACAUAACCGUUCAUAAUUCGAACAUAAGCUGUGCUGCCUAAAGAUGAAAGAUGUUUUUGUUCAGGAAAACCAUUUGAUGCCUCAUGGGAGUCUAAUGUUUGUUUAUUAAAAGGCCAAACCACAGCUUUCUCUUUAGAUGGUCCCGCUUAAUUUAGGUGUCUCAAAAACAAAACUGCUUUUCCAUGAAUUUCUCUUGGGAUUUUAUAACUAGCAGUUUUGUGUGUAUACUUUAUCAGCUGUAGCUUGUAAGAAAACUUUUUUUUUCACAUUUAUAUUUUCAGAUAAAAUAUUUCACCUUGAUGGGACAAUGUUUUUAUGAUACAGUUUUUCAAAUGCCAAACCUAACCCUGAGGUUUUGAGUGACAAGUGCUAACCAUGGCGGCUAUGGCAUUUCUGCUACAUAGUGGAGAAAGACAUUGUGAUACUGUUAAUUAAAGAUUUGACAAAGUUACUGUAAGCAGUCCAUUCUGAAAAACAAAAAUAUAAAUUAUUGAGUUUUUAGCUUGCAAUUUAUGUGUUGUUAUAGUAAUAUGAAACAACAUAACUUCUUCAAAUCAUUUUAAGGAACAUAUUUGAACAGUUUCAGAAGUAAAGUAGUUUAUCGCAGAGACUGUAGUUUAAAUAAUUAAUGGCUACAUUUAGAUAUACAGUAUCAAGCAUAUGUCAUUUCAGCUAAAUAUGGUUACUUUUUAUUUUUUUUCUAAAACCCUGCAUGGACUUAUAUGGAUUUAAAACAAACAUAGACAUGUAAAAUUCAGCAUAGUGUUUUAUGAAUUCUGUAGCCCUUGUUAAAUAGAUUUCAUUAUUAGGGCACAGUAUCAGCACUUUUAUGAUACUGAAAAAUAAUGUGAUAUUUUUAUGAGUAUAAGACAGGUAACAGUUUUUGGCAUUACUCCUUGCCUCUGCGAGGCUGUUUAACUUAACAUUUUACUGAGUGAAAGAAGAAACCACUGCCUGCUGAGUUUUAAUUUAUCACGUUCUGAUGUAAAGAUGUGUCCAUGUGACAUAUCUGCUUGAUAUUUUCAGUAUUGCUGGAGAAAAAAGAAAACUAAAUUUCACACAAAGAUUGUCUGGAAAUCAUAGCCUGACACACAGUCAGUAGGUGUUAUUCUUUGUUUAAUAGCAUCACUGAUACCAGAAUUGAUAGAACUUAAUUCUGUGAUUUACAAUCUAUAGCAAAACUAUUUUAUGUCACUCAGUGUGGUACAAUCAAUCAUUGUAAUAACCAAAGCCUGGGGAUAUAAUUACAGCAGAAUGUUCUUAUAAUGAAAUGUUUUAUCCUUACUGCUUUUGUUGACUAGGUUUAUUGCAAGACAGCAAUAAAUAUAUGCCGUUUCCAGACUAAGUAAAAAGAACUUCAACAUUUGCCACUCUGCAUCUAAGAGUAAUGCAGCAUAGAUCAACAAUGGAUAACCUACUCAUGUGCACCCAGGAAUUACUUAUGCAAAAUGUUCUUUAAUCCCAUCUUAAUAUUUUGAAGAUAGCAUUUUUAUACCUCUGUGUGUUUUCUGUACUUUAUUUGUUGUGAAUGACCUGAUGGCGCUAUCGUGCAUCUGUUCUCUAAAUGAAAUGUAUUUCCUUCACUGUGUCGUGGCACAAAGCAGCCAGCUUUGUUGUUUGGAUCUUUGUUUUGUUUACCAUAUCCUGUUUUAGUGAACACAGAAAUCUUCAUGAAAUAUUCUGAAUGAGUACUCUUUCUGGCAAACGUGGAAAUAAAAAUGUCUGCAUGCUUUAAUGA